UCAUAAACAUCCUGGUCACUAAUAAAUCUUUUCUUUUUCUUUUUCUUCAUUGAACUAAUCAAAUCUCUUAUAAUUGUCAUUGUGAACGUGUUUGAAUUGUGUUUGUGUGUUUGGCUUUGUUUUUUUUUGUUGGCCAGCCAAUAGACCUAAUCACACCAAACAGAGACAAAUCAAAGAGUUUGAUAAAAUUAAAAACAAAACAAAACAAAAAAGUUGAUUUUAUUUGAGAGAAAAUUCAAGAUAUCAAUAAUUUCCAGGGAUAUAAAACCUCGAUUGAUUGUUGAUUUGUGUGUUUUUUAUCGAAUCAGUGUGGCUACAUUCGUGUUAAUCUUUGAAUUAUUUUUUUUUUCGUUUCAAACUUUUUAAUUAUUAAUUAUACGUUUUGGGCAUUAUGUAUCGGUUAUUAUCGACGGUAGUGAUUGCCGUUUUAUUACCUGGUUCAUUUUCGCAAGCUUUUGCCGUUCCACCACCAUUAACCGAAGGUAAUGAUGCAGAAACAAAUCGUGUUCUUGAACAAUUUAUAUGGCAAAAAAUUAUUGGUGCACCAACUGAUCCAAAAAAAGCAUAUCAAGAAUUACGAUCAUCAUUGGAUUCAAUUUCAAAACAAACUAAUCUAGGUGAUCAAAUUCGUUUACCUGAAUCAUUGUAUAUGUUAGGUAAAUCAGUUAUGCAACCACGAUCAAUAAGACGUCGAUCAUCAUAUGCAACUCCAACAUCAAAUGAAUCAACAACGGCCAUUCUGUCUACAUCGGAAACAAGCCCAAGUGGACAUAGAAUUUUUAGUCAUUACAGCAAUCCAGCUACAACCAACAAAUAUAUUCCAGAAUUUGGUGCUAAAGAAUUGUAUCAAUUAGUUGCACCAAUGGCUGGUGAUCCGGAUAAAGAACAGCCACAAUUACCACUUCCACCACAACCAACACAAUCAACAAUACAAGAAAACAAUAAUAAUGACAACAAUCAUGAUCAAAAACAAUUAGAUGAUGGUCAUCAACCACAACCAUCAUUUAAUAAUCGUCGUAUAAUCGAUCAAAUAAAUGGACAAAUAUCUGAACAUCAGGAAAUAUUACGUAAAUAUCCAUCUAAAAAAAGAGGUUAUAAAGAAAUGCAACAAGAUGGAAAUAGUAUUUUAGCUAUACGUAAAUAUAACCGGAAAGCAGUGAAACAACAAUCAUCAUCAUCACAACGACAUGCAAUUUCCAAUCAAGAAUUGGAUAAAGAAAACAAACCAAAACAAGAAAUUGAACAGCAACAACAACAACAACAACAACAGAUUACCGAUUCGACAUCGAUCAAAGGUAAAAAUCAUGGCCAUCAACAAGCACAAUCACAAUCGAUUUAUGAUUUUUUACCAAUGCCAUCAUAUGGACAGCUUAAAAAUACAAUACGACCAUAUGGUGGAUUUGGUAGUGAUAAUUAUGGUAAUAAUAUGAUUGGAUCAACAAAUUAUAUACCAUCAUCACCAGCCAAUCAAUUAACAUCAUCAUCAUAUGAAUCAAAACGAACAUUCGAAAUGAGACCAAUGAUGGAUUAUAAAGGAUCAGAUCAAAUGGAACAAUAUCCUGAACAACAACAACAACAACAACAACAAUAUGGACCAAUUGAACCAACAUCACAAACAUUAGAACCACAAAUUAUUGAUGUAGUACCGGAUGAACAACCAAUACAAAUUGUAUUUCGUUCAUCAUCGGCUAAAGUAAAUGUUAAACAAGUACAUACACCAAUACCAUAUAAUGAAGUUGAAACAACCAGAACUGAAGAAAAACCACAACGUGUAUUACAUCAAUUAGUUAGACCUAUUAUACAGGAAGUUAUUGAAAUAAUUCAACCAUAUAGACGUGUUACACAAGAAAUAAGGCCAGUUCUUGAAGAAAUUCGUACUGUAGUUGCUAAACAAGCUGAUACACAACAACGUAUUCAUAAAGAUCGUUUAGGUAAAGGAAAAGGAUCGAAAAAAUGGUAGUAAAAUUAUACCAGGAACCAAUGCAGACGGAAUGAAUAAAUGUAAACAAACAAACAAACAAAUAAAAGAAAAACAAACAAGAAGGAAGCGU